AUGUCUCGCCAAGUUCCAAAAUCACUACUACAGCGCCAGGCCAGACGUUUGUCCCCUGCUACCCAAGCACCACAACCUACACUAAGUGCGUUGGUUUCUCAAUUCACGCUUUCGGAUAACUUUGAUGACACUACUUUGGAAGACCAAUACGAGCAAUUGAAGCCUCUAUUAGAUGAUAUAACAUAUUCCAAUGUUCCCUUUGAUAAAUGGACUUCCAAUAACCUCAAUGUGCUCAAACAUCAUCUAGAUACAAAGGCUCAUCUACCUUGGAAAUCUCUGCCCAUGCAAGAAAAACGGGUUUGGUAUCUACUAGGAUAUGGGACCUGGGGUCCCAGAAGAGACUUCAACAAGCUAAAACCUAACGAUAUCCAAUGGGACCAGAAGGCUACUGUAGCUGCACCAAACUCAACCAAAAAAUUGAAGACUGUCAACCCAAUAGUACUCUGUUCCGAAGAUAGAAUUCAAUGGGACAAGAAAAAAAGAAGGUUGGAUCCAUUAACAAUAUCAGUAGGCGCAUUUGCAUCAAUAAUCACACUUAUAGCAUUGACCGUAUGA